AUGGGGGAAUCACCAUCUUCGAAGCCCGGUGCCAAACGCAGAGCUACACGGGCGGGCGCUCGAAGUGUGGCCACUUUGACUCCAGAACAGCUUGCUAGGAAACGAGCAAACGAUCGAGAAGCACAGAGGAGCAUUCGUCAAAGGACUAGAGAUCACAUUGAAAGCUUAGAACAGCGAAUUCACGACUUAUCAGGAGACCGGCAAGAUGAGAGAAAUAUUGAUGAGAUACAGAGGAGAAAUGAGGAGCUUGAAGAAGAGUUGAAGCGUUUGAAGGAUAUCCUUCACACCCUUGAAGAUGAUAUUGGCUCAUCACCCUUGACGACGAACUCAAUGUUAAGGUCCGAUAUGAAUGCUUUGAGGGAGCCCCGUCUACAUUCAUAUGCUCAACCUUGGUCACGCUCCUCUCUGAGCAACAUAACCAGCGCGCUGUCUGGAUCCAUGCCUCUGACGAGUGCAGGCGAUUUAUGGACAACAGUUCCUGCUUACUCGACGUCGAAUUCAGAAUUCUCAACAGCCGGCAGCUUAACGAGUGACUCGUUCAGCUCUGAUACAGGCUUUAGUGCUGCUGCGGCGGCUGGGGGACCAUUGGCUCCACCGACAAGCCUUGGAUUGAUGCCGGCCGGCUCACGGCCUCAAUUCGGACGAAGUAUAUCUUACCCAUUCGGUAGCCUGGGUAGAACAGAUUCAUCGUGGCCUUCACUUCAAGCUCCUUCAUCAUCUUUGAAUGACAAAUAUUUGUCUACUGGUUCUCCUUCUGUUGGCUCCUCCGCCCGGGGAUCGCCAAUAAUCACUCCCUCCAUGAUAAAUGAAACCAUCCCACAAAUGGAUCCCGUACCAGUCGUCAAUCCACCAGUCCCAAUAUCCUACGAUCUUCCCACAAUGGUGAACCAGCCUUCCCUCCAAGCGUGGGAGCUUCCACUUCGUUUGGUCCCUCCAACUGGUCCAGUGGACAGUAUUCUCAUAUGUCUCCUCCAGCGGCAAAGGGGUCUUGCCAUCAAUGGAAACUCAAGAGGAAUUGUCAUCGGACCUUUCUCUCCUAGUCUCAAAGCUCUUCUGAAUCCAGAACAAUCAGACUCGGUGCACGCGGUUGCCUCAGUCAUCACGAGUCUCCUUCAGAGAACUGCACUCCGUGGUCUUCCAGAGAAGGUAGCUGUUCUUUUUGUCAUGAAUCAUCUCUCCCAAUGGCAGAUCCUGCCGUCUGAGAAGACUUAUAACAACCUUCCGGAAUGGCAUGUCCCGCGAGUAUCCCAGCUGCUAACACCGCAUCCGAUAUGGAUAGAUCAGAUAGUCUGGGGCAAACUCCGAGACAUCGUAAUCAACAACCAAGAGCGAUACGCAACAGACGAAUUUCAAUAUACCUACGCGCAGUCCCUUAAUGUCAACUGGCCAUACCGAGACAUGGACGUGAUGGUUUUCGAAGGCUCUGAAGUGAGAGUGUCCGACCUUUUCGCCUGUCAUAUUCUCGAGCUAUCGAAUUGGAGUCUGGAUGAGCCGUUUCAGAGGAAAUAUCCGGAGCUGAGAGAUUCAUGUAAAUUCACGGAGUUUGGGUCGGAAGUGAAUGGUCUUAGUGGAAAUGUGAAGGCUGGUUGA